CUUGGUGCACAUGCGCAUUGUAGUCCAAGCUUCGGGUGCUGGCCUUCAGUGCUGCUGUGGCUGCAAGCCACAUUCCUACCUUUCCCAGAGCAACUCUCAGCUGAGCUGCUUCUGUCCUUGAAGAGCCGGCUGCCCCGGCCCCCUGGGAAGAAGACGCUCUCUUCUCCAGCGUAUGAGAACCGGGGGUGUGGUGGGGUGCGGUGCGGGGUGACAUAGGAAUUAUGGCCGAGAAUGGAGAACCUUGGGGAGCCAGUGAGGCUGAACUGGAUCCAGUAGAAUAUACUCUUCGAAAACGACUUCCCCACCGCCUCCCCCGAAGACCAAAUGACAUCUAUGUUAACAUGAAGACUGACUUCAAGGCCCAACUGGCUCGAUGUCAGAAGCUUCUGGAGGGUAGUGGAGGGGCUAGGGGACAGGGUGGCUGUCCUGAGAUUUAUAUUCAUGGCCUGGGCCUGGCCAUCAAUCGGGCCAUCAACAUUGCCCUACAGUUGCAAGCUGGCAGCUUUGGGGCCUUACAAGUAGCUGCCAACACUUCCACUGUGGAGCUGGUGGAUGAGCUGGAGCCAGAGACUAACACUCGGGAGCCACUAACCCGAACCAGAAAUAACUCUGCCAUCCACAUUCGGGUCUUCCGUGUUACACCUAAGUAGCUGGAGUAGAAUUCUACUGCUUCCUCAGUUGAUCAACUGUACUUUCCUCUCUACAUUUAUACUGGACCUUUUCAUUUUUCAUACUUUGGGCUCUUGUGGAUCUCAGUUCCCUCCCCUUCUUUCAGGCUCUUAAGGAUAAGUCUUAUCCAGGUUUUCCAGUUUUCUGCCACUGGCCCUUGGUCAUUGAUUUAGGCUUUUGAAAUAAAAAAAGACUGUGAGGUCUUUAUGUUAUAUAAGUUUAUGUUUCUUUCUUGUUUGGGCCCAAAUAGUGUGUUUUUUCAAAAGCCAGGAUGUUCUACAAUCAUCUUUUUGACCUUCACCCAUUGCUGUGUUACUAUCUGUUGCCCCACAGUGUAUGUCCCUACCCUGUUCAACAAGAAUUCUGGCUACUGGAAGGGAAUGGAAUGCUUCUUUUCCUGCCUAUGAAGUCCUCCUUCUGAUAGAACCCAUUUGCUAGAGAGUGAUAGAUCCAUAGUUUUUCCCAGUUACUUUCUCAUUCUGCUUCUUGUCUAUGAUUUUCUAUAAAUCUUCCACAGAUGAUAAAUGAAUGAAAAAACAUUGAGUAAGCUCUUAUGAUAUACAAAUCUUUGUGCUAAGUGCCAGGGACAUAAAAGUGAGAGAACCUCUUACAUUCACAUUCCAAGACGGAGACAACACAUUGGAGAAUUCAGUGAAGUACAGAUGGAAAGGCCCAUUCAGCAACAGUACAGAUAAAGACAUCCCCAAUAUGCUGGAAGCUUUUGUGUGUCUCAGGGGUAUUAAUACUGGCAUUUCCCAUCUCUUGUCAUUUGCUUUUCAAAAAUGAUUGUUAAUUAAGAAAUCAUGACCACUUCUUAUAUUCAAGGAAGUAAGUCCAGAAAAUGGGGGUUGUGUAUGAAAUACUCUCCUACAUAGAGUUCUUUUUUUAAAGAUGUAUAUUAAAUUUAGUGUGGUAAUAUUAA